AUGAAGAAAGCUGGGGAGGAAAGAGAUUUUGCGUUUCGUGCUGAGCUGGAGGCGGGGCGUGAGGAACAUGCGGCUAAAUUGAAGAAACUGGAAGAGGAUGCGAGAUUGCUGGCAGAACCUGUUUCGAAGAGUGGUGGGUUUGGUCGUGGCGGUGUACUUGCUGGACAUGCUUUGUUGUUAUAUGGAGCGACAGAGGCGGCGAUAAAUGAUGAAUAG